CCGGGCCGCCGCGCCAAGCAGACAGUGGGUGCGACAGACGGGUGUGAGGUGUAUUGCUGGCUGGCGUUUUACGUAAGAAGUCCUCGCCUCUACUUACAUCUCUCACUCUACAUCAGGUUAGGCGCGUCUAGCAGAGUGGGACGGAGAGGAAAAGUUUCACACGAGGAUGGACAUUGAAGAUCAUGGCUGACGGACGGACUGCAAAAACCACACACACUCCCACACUCCCACACACACACGUUCUUACAUAACUCACAUCUGACGGGCGCUCUCCACUGCUGCUUCAGUUCAAACGAGACAGCGAGGCCCGGAGCGUGGUCAGACAACACUAGUCCGCUCUUCAUCAGCUGAGAAACACUAUGGAAACACGGGGAAAGAGGUUGGCAAUACAGGGAGAAAGUGUGGCAGCAAGCGCGAGGGAGGAAGAGGACCGUUGGUGUUGCGAGGACCGCCGCCCGCUGAAUGCUUACUAGAUUUUUUUUUCUCUCUCUCCGUUUCUUUUUAUUUGACUGCAGUGUCGCACGCCGAGCAAACAAGACAGGAAUAUAAACUACGAUCAUAUGCAAUUUUUUGAUGUGUGUUUAGUGUUUGUGUGCGUUGUGUCCGUUGGCUUUUGACUUUGCCUGCGAUGGUGAGAGCAGCGUUGUGAACUAAAAAAGUGGCCUUCUACAUCUAUAUUUGCCUCUCUCUUCCUACUGUCCGUUCUGCAAACCAGAUCUCCGCGUCACUCUUACACUGCUUACAUUCGAGACACAGAAUGAUACGAGCAACAGGUGCACAGUUGACAUUAGAGUGAAAGAGUUGAAAGGAAUACCGAAAGCUGCCGCGAAAGAACGUGUGGAAAAAAGAUGAACUUGGAAAAACAGUGAAUGGCGUGUUCACCAGUGCUCCAUGAAGUGUGGACGUGAAAAGUUUUGUCAGACUGAGAGGAAAAACAACAUUAUUUCUUAAGUGUGUUGGUGUAUAAUUAGUAGACGUGUAGCAUCAGACUUUUAAGUUUUUCGAGCGGCUGACUAAACGCUCCGUGGCACAUCAUUGACUUACAAGUUUGGUGUUGUGAUAAUAGUAGUGUAUCUUGACAUAUCGCCAUUUUGUUCCUUCUCCGGUGGCCUAAGAAUCUUACAUAUCACUGUAAAUAGUCAAUCUUUCCCACCUGCAGACUGUUGACUUCACUUUUACGUGUCUUCUGGUAGGUAGAGGGUAGACGCACACAACGUUGGUUACUUUAAGUUUGUUGAUUUCUCGUCUUGAUGUUGUGGUGACGCACGUUAUUUGGUUCCUAAGAAGAAGUUAAGAAUAGCACAUGUGUAUUUAACCUAUAAGCAAAGCAGCAACUUCAUAUGCAAGGACCUAAACACAGUAAGAUAAGGUACGCGCCCGCGAUGUUGAGGCGGCAGACACCUCACCCGCGCACCGUACACAUUGCUAAGACUUGAGAGAUGGCGUGCAGACUCAUCUCGAACGGGCCUCUUGCGUCUCUUCUCGUCGUUCUCGCUGUGUCGUGGACUCUGGCAGCCGUGGCCAUGGCGGUGAGGGAAGCUGGAAUGCCGCCACGAAUCCACAACACGACGGCAACGAAGAAUCACAGUGCUGAAGGCGGAGGUGGACAGCGGAUAAGGGGCGAGGAGAAUGGCCAUGGCGUCUUUCUGAAUAAAUUUAGCAUCAGUCACACGCCUCCAGGCCACCUACACACCUCUGCUCCUCGCCCCUCGCACGCUAAUAGCAUGGACAACUACAUAGAAAAAUACGUAAAAUCCUCAGAUACAACGUCAAACACACUGGGUCCCAGCGCGAGGCCCAUCCGCACACCUGGCAGCAGCGUGAAGCCUGUGAGUAGCAGCAGUGCCACGCCGCCGUCGCCUUGCCAAGCUGAUGACAGCACAAGCAGUACUCAGGCUCAUGUGGGUGGACCGAGGAGGCAGGUAGUGGCUCCUGCUGAUCUGAUUUUGACACCCUCCCUAAGGCUCCUGCUGCAGCAGCAAACUUCCUCCACCUCUCUUCCUGUCCCAGAGGCCGCAGAGGAACUGUCAUCGGGAUCGAACACAGUGGAGGUCCGUGGAGAGGAGGAGGGUGAGGGAAAGGACUUACUACCACUGGACAAACACACCAAAUUUUGCCAGCAAGUUGAAGACCUCUUGCUCUCGCUCACUCGUGGCGGCUCUGCCAACUCAACGCGACCACACGAAAACUUGCAAACCGCUCCGGGACAACUUUUGCAAAGUUUUUCGGUAAAGAUCAGGCAGAAACCCAACAAGACUUCAAGGAGCGCCGCCACCCUCCGCGGCUCCUCCCCACCUGCUCAGCUACUGGUGCAGCACAUGGACGGAUCCCCCGUGCAGGGCCCGCUGGUGCCGACGCUUCCAUAUAAAGGCCUUCCCGUCCCUGCUGCGUCGCCUUCGAAGAGUGGCGUGAGAAAGUGGAUGCAGCUCUGCCUUUUAGUGACCCGGUGUAUGAAGGGAUGCCUUUGAUGCGAGACCGGUUGACUGACUGACUGGCUGAAUGGCUGGCUGGCUAGUUGGCCGGCUGGGUGGGUGGUUGGCUAGUUUGCUGACGAGCUGGCUGCCUUUCGUACUCUUGGUUAACUAGCUGAGUGGUUUUGUUGGCUGGAUGAAUGGGGAUUUGUUUACUGACUGACUAAAUGAAUGGCUGGCUAGUUUACUGAAUGACUGACUUAGUGAAUGAGUAAAUGGGAUCUCUUGUAGUAGCAGUAGUAGUAGUAGAAGUAGUAGUAGUAGCGGUAUCAGGUGGAUAAGUGCGUGACCCUUCCUAUUACCAGCGAGGAGGAAGACAGCUGUUGGUGGAGGCGGUGGCUGGUGUGACGCUCGGUGACGCUGGCCCGCUGGUAUUGAGUUAUUGCUGUCCCGCCUCUCAUUAAGCGACAGGUGUUUGCUAAUUUGCCUCGUCACUCUUGUUGCUGCCUGGCUUUGUGUGGCGAGAGGCGGCCGUGCGUAAAUCCUUCCCCGGAAAGUUAUCAGUGGCUGCGUUAUUGGUGAUAUUCCUGACAGCUUCCAACUGUUUACAUUAUGAUUUUAUGAGGGUUAUUCCGCCCUCACGUAUUACUGGUUUGUUUUGUGUCCAGGUGUUCAGUGUCUUCCCACCCAUGUGUAUAAUUUUUGCCACCCAAAUCAUCAUCUUUUCGUCA